UUUAUAUAGCGCCAAUUUACAACAGAAGUUAUCUUGAGGCACUGUACAUAUAGAGCAGGUCUAGACCGUACUCUUUAUCUUAUAAAAUUUACAGAGAGAAACCCAACAGAUCCACCAUGAGCAGCAUUAGGAGACUGUGGCAAGGAAAAACUUCCUUUAAGAGGCAGAAACCUCGAGCAGAACCGGACUCAGGGUGGGCGGCCAUCUGCCUCAACCGGUUGGGUUUAGUAGUGGCUGCUCUCUUGGUUUAGUUUAGUUUUUAAAUUAGGUCACUAGUAGAAAAAACCUUUGCAGUUUAUUUUCUAGACCAGUGCUAGAACCAGAGCCAUUCAGUUGUUGCAUUGCAUUUGUGUUCAUGGGAGAACAUUUUCAGAAGAGAGAAGAAGCAAAACUAUCACAGGAAAGAGAGGAUUUCCAGUCCUUCAUGUGUAGAGAGAACGUGACAACAAGCAAGUAGAAAUGAAAAAAAAAACUCCACACUACUUACAGUUCAAACUCCACCCUCCAGCUCUCUGCUAUAAACUGAAAUAGUAUAGUUUCCUCUCAGUACAUGUAGAGAUUAGAUUACAAGCAGCAGCUCUCAACAGGUAUUGACUUGGCUCCAGAGAUGUCAUCGUUUCCUUCAAAUUUAGAUGCCAAACAGCUCAGCACCUAUGUUGCAGUUAUAGUGAUUUUUGUUUACAAUAAUGUGCUUCAUCAGGAUAUAGAGUGCGCUUGCAACAGGCAAAAACAAACUCUUGACUGUUGGUUAUAUGUGACUCUGCCAUUUUUUAUUUUAUCUGUUUUACAACUCUGGAUGAAAAAGUCAUUUAGUAGAAUCUGGAAAUAUAUAUGCACCAGUCAGCGCACCGGUCCGUGCACCUGUAAAACGGAAUGUAUACAGGGAUGCAGAAAGAGAUUUAGCAGAUUUUUCUGGCUUUUAUCGUAUGACAUGUUCAGGGCAAUUUUCAUAGGUAUGCUGUGGGUUAUGUCUUUGCUCAUCGAUGGAGACUGGUAUGUUUGCUGUUACAACGAUCAGUCAGAAAAAUAUCCACAGUUAGCCUGCAAAGAGAAGAACAACAGAACAGCUGUGGAACAAGAAAUCAUUGCUAGACUGAAGAACAAGUCCAGGCGUAUUGGCAUGUCUAUGCUCCUCUGUUCCAUCAUAGUGGUUGCUUUCAUGGCAUGUGUAUGGAAAACAUGUCGCAACAGAAAAGUUCUUUAUUACAAAAAUAUUUUGAAGGAGGGGGAAAAGAAACUGAAAGCUCAUUUGGUAAAAAAAGCAACUGAAAAACUGGACCAAUUGAAUGACGGAGAGUGGGAAAAUUAUUUUAAUAAUGGCAUGGACCUGAUUGAAGAAAUUGAAAAGAAAGAAAACCAGAACACUGAAGGUACUAAUAAUGGUGGGCAAUCAGGGAACACUGGAGGUGCUAAUAAUGAUGGACAAUCAGGGGAUACAGGAAGCUCUCUUAAUGAAGGGGGACAGGAGGAGACUGGAAAUCCUUAUCAGUGAUUUUCAUGGUUUAGACAAAAGUUGCAGUUCUCACAAUCUACACCAGAAAAAGAGGAGAUGCAACCACUACUAAAAAGGAACAGUUUCCUUUCAUUUACCCAUCCACAGCAUCACCUGUACGAAGCUUUAAAGUGUGAUGAUGCUGUUUCACUGACUGUAGAAAACUGUUGUGAUGACUGAUUUAAAGGUUUCUGUUUUCUCGGCUGAGCCUGUGACCUUCAGCUCCCAGUUUAUUUUUAAGUCAGUCUAAUGCUGUGAAUAAAGGCUUAACUUUCAUCAAAUUAUCAUCCAAAGGUGAGAAGAUCUGAAGCUCUCUGUGAUAACUUGGACACAAAGAUUUUUUUUACCAUAAAACAGAGAGUUUUGUUGACCAUGAUCUUGUUUUCCAACAUUAAAGAGAGCACAAAAGAACUCUCCACAAAACAGUUUUUUUUUAAACUUUUAUAGUAUUUUUCUUUUUUUGUUAUUUUCCAUUGAACUCUUUUUAAUUUCUUUCUCUGUUACUUUUAUAUUUUGUUUUGAUGCAUUUUAUAUUCUAAGUA